GGUGUGUGUUUUUGGCAGUGCCGAAGUGCUGUCGUUGUCGUACUGUCAAGUUAGCUUAGCUUGUCAAAUGCGCCUAUGUUUUUCAGACGGCCAUGCUAACAUUAGAAAGUGUUUUUAAUCAGGAAACUGUACGCGGCUAACCUAGCUUUGCUGUUAUGGCUGCUGUUAUGCUCUUGGAGGGAAAGAAGCAGUUAGCCAGUAAAGAGUUGUGAUGGCACAGGUCACAUCGUGGUAAAGUUAAAUUAGACGAGCUUUCAUUAUGUAGCGUCAAUGCUGGGUUACAAUAGCGUUAGUGUUUAUUUUGUAAUGUUUAUUAGCGCGAGUUAGCUGAAUAUCAGCCUAGGCAAUAUUGACAUCGUACAUCUUGCCGUGUAUGGGUGUAAAGUGAACGCUACAAUAACCUUUGAAGGGUGUGUGUUGUUCAAAAGAGCAGCUAACUGUUGAAUUGGUAUUGAAAACCUGCCAUGUGAACUCCAAAGAAACUUCACAUUAAUGAGGGAACUAGAUAGUAGAACUGAAGAGAAAAAGGGGGAGAUUGACAAGCUAGCUGAAGAGUAUAUUGCAAAUGUCCGUAGUCUGGCAUCUGAACAGAGAGUGGAGCACCUACAGAAGAUUCAAAAUGCCUACAGCAAAUGCAAAGAGUACAGUGAUGACAAAGUACAACUUGCCAUGCAGACAUAUGAAAUGGUGGACAAACACAUCCGAAGGCUUGACGCAGACCUAGCACGAUUUGAAAAUGAGCUGAAAGAGAAGCUGGACGUCAGUGGCUAUGAGAGUCCAGAUAGUCGUGUACUAAAGAAAGGCGGAAGAGGACUGAAAGAGAAGAGAGGCCCAAGAGGAGGCAGAGGAAGGAAAGGGUCGGAUGAGGACUCACCACGAAAGAAAAAAAUUAAAAACAGUCCUGAAUUUAGUGACUCACUGUUGUCAGUUCAGCCAUCGGAUGUCUUGGAUAUGCCAGUUGACCCUAAUGAGCCAACGUAUUGUUUGUGCCACCAAGUCUCAUAUGGUGAAAUGAUUGGCUGUGACAAUCCCGACUGUCCAAUUGAAUGGUUCCACUUUGCCUGUGUUGACCUUACUACAAAACCCAAAGGGAAAUGGUUUUGUCCCCGUUGCACCCAGGACCGGAAGAAAAAAUGAAAUGUAUAUUUCGGAGGUUAAAAGAUUACUUUUAUAUAAUAUAUGUAUUUUUGUUUAUGUAGAAAAAUAGUGUAAUAUAUAUACACACACACACACACACACACACACACACACACACACACGUAUAAGGUCUCCAUGAAAUCAUGACCAUAUUUCUCUUAAAAUGUGGUCGAAAAGCUUUUAUUUUUUGAAGUACUUGAAAUUAUUUGUCUAUGGGGGACUUUAUCCAACAUUAUUGCAUCCUUCUUCAUCCAUGCCUCGAUAUUAGUAUUGGACUUAAACUUCACUUUCAGUUGAUUUCUUGUUUUUCAUAACAUGGGAUGACAAACACUUGUAGUCUUGGGCUUAAUUAUAUAGUUAUAUAAUUAUAUUCCAUGAAUUUCCAUGGCUCUUGCACUUGUCUGUAAUUAUGUUUAAAAGCGACAAAAGAAAGGCAUAUAUUCUAACUCCGUCCAGGUGGGCACCAAACCAACAAAACCUGAAAAAAACAACCUAUUUUUAACUAUCUGUCUUUUGAAUGUACCACAAAGGGAGGAGUCCCAGGCAUAACUGCUGUAAUAUUACCAGAACAAAAUGAUCUGAAUGCACUUUUGUAAGCACUGCUGUUAAGUGAAAUGGAAAAGAUUAACUAGUAUCAAAUGUUAUCCAUUUUAAAUUGACUUGUGGAAGAUGCUUUAAUCAUACACAAGAUGUUGUAAAAGCAAAUCAUGAGAAACACAUUCUAUUGGCAGAGGAGAGAGCACAAAACCAAAAGCAUACCAAAGUUAAAUCUGGCCAUUGUAUACGUUGUUGUGCUUAUGACAUUUACUGCUGUUUGUUUUUUGUUUUUGGUUAUGUCUUAAACCCAGUCAGGUUAAAUGAUAGCCCUAUAACUACUUGUGUAUUCCACUUUGCCAGUUUAGGCCUAAAUGUUUUCAAAGACCAAAUGUGAACAAUAAAAUAAGCUUUGGUGUGUAUUUAGAGAUCUGUAUAUAUGCUACUGGCACAUUCUGUUUAAUGUUAACUUUUUCCUACAUUUGGAAAAUACAAUGACACUUGCAGCUACCUUGUGCUAUACAAAGAGGAAAUUGAAUUGUAAAGUUAUUUAUUUUGCCAGUCAUCAGUAACGAAUUGGAGACAAUCAUCAGGAGAAUGCAAAUUUAAUGGCAUGUGAUUAAACAUUUUGCCCAAAGAUAAUUCCACUGCUGUCCACUCUGUAUUUCUCCUACUGAAAUGGGUACUUUUGUAUUUCUCAUGGGGCAUAUUCUUAUCACUUGACUGUGAAUAUAAAAGUAUCGUUAUUUCAAAAAGAACACUGUUCCUAGAGGAGGAGUGAGCAUUUUUGUAUAUCAGUGUUUCAUAUAAAAUGUCAAUAAAUAAUAAAUAUUUACCAGUA